UUGUAUGAAUAAAUGUUUAUGAGUAACCAACUUGAAAUGUAUAAAUAAAGAAAAUAUACAUGUAUAAAAUUUAAAUAGUCUUGUAAAACAAAAGUGGAUUUAAAGGGGCAAUGCUGGCAGAUAACGUAAUCAUGAAUAAUUCAGCAAAUACUUACGCUAGCCAAUUACAUUGUGGUUAUGAUAAUCACCAGUUGCUGGGAGCCACAUUACAGCUUACUGUGCAUGUCAACAGUUUUCCUUUCCCUGACUGACGCUUGCGAGUGGCACAGCUGCUAUCUAUGGUACAACUCUAUUUUCAGACCAUGCUGACAGGACGCUAUGGAACUCUCACAAACCUUUAUUUACCGUCCAGUUCUGAGGAAAAAAUGGCUAAUCUACACUGGAGUCACACACUUUAUCCCUUGAGAGCCUGUUGUAGGAAGAGAAAGAUCCGGGUUUAAGAGAUCAUGGAAGUGCCUGAAGGCCUGGGAGUCAACCAGGAUAUUCAUGCCGAGAAUGCGACCCUUGAUCUGGAGCACAGAGAGCACCAUGCGGGCUGGGUGAGAGUGCGGGUAGAGGAGAGCUGGUUCACUGUGGAGCGGGCCUUGUUAGCGACGUGCAGCAACUACUUCUGUGCUCUCUUUCAUUCUGGGAUGAUAGAAAGUCACCAGGACGAGCUCUACCUGAAGGGAGGAGUGCAUGCAAGGGGUUUCCUCAUUGCCCUUGCUGUCUGCAGGGGAGAGGUCCCCACUAUCAGUGACCCGGAUGAGCUUGUAGACGCUGUAGAGUGUGCUGCUUUCCUGCAGGUUGCGUGUUUGGUGCAGCAUCUUAGUGACAUUAUUGACUCAGACAACUGUCUCUUGCUUUACCAUGCAGCCUCCAUCUUUGGGGUGCAUAUACUCUUUCACAAUGCUGCUCUCUUCCUUUGUGAUGCUUUUGAUGAUUUGAAGGAAGCAGCAGUGAGUACAAUUCCUGAAGACCUUCUUCAAUAUUCUCAAUCAUUGUCUCCUGCUUCUUAUAUUGCUAUAGGCACACACUCUCCUUCAAUGGAACUGCUACAUGACUCCUUUAGGAUUGUUUGCUAUCUUGAUGAAAAAGAGGGCGAGUGGAAGCAUCUGACAAACCUCCCAACUCACUGUAGCACCUCCAUGGCUGGAGUGGCAGUGCUUGACAAUCGCUUGUACAUUGUGGGGGGAGUUUACGGUUAUGGUAAGGACACAGUCGACAGCAGCUUCUGCUACCACCCUGAGUCAGGUGUUUGGACUGCUCUUCCAGGUCCCCAGCAACCAAGAUAUGACUUCACCCUGCUGGGGCACGAGGGGCAACUCUACGCAAUUGGCGGCGAAUUCCAAAAACGGAUAAUUUCCACAGCAGAGAGUUACAACAUUGAGAAGGGAGAGUGGACAUUUAUACAACACGCACCAAGACCUGUAGCAUCCGCAGCUUGUGCUGUUGCAAGACGGCGGAUAUUUGUUUGCUUCUGGAAACCACCAGACACCACAGAUAUCUAUGAAUACAUACCAGUGAAAGACGAGUGGAAACUUGCAACCACCAUGAUUAAACCUCAAAGCUAUGGCCACUGUAUGGUAGCCCACAGGGACAAUUUGUAUGUGAUGCGCAACGGGCCUUGUGACGACUUUCUGCGCUGUCUCAUGGACUGCUACAACAUCACGACAGGCCAGUGGACAGCCAUGCCCGGACACUACAUAAACAGCAAGGGGGCGCUGUUUACUGCAAUGAUAAGGGGCGACUCCGUGUUCACAGUGAAACACAUGCUAACUCUUGAAUACACCAUCACUGGAAAUGGAUGGAAACCCCGUAGGCAGAUGAAGGGAUUUCCAAAGAGUGGUUCACUGUGGACGUGUUUACUCAGGCUUCCCAAGACGGGACCAGUUACACCACAGCUGGAUACAGAAGGGAAGGAAGAAGAAAUGUCUUUGCCAGACCCAUCUGAGGGAUUUGUGGACGCUAUACCACAACUGUGAAAUUGUGGUAUAGCAUAGUGGUCUCUAAACUGGAAUAUAAGUCUAACAAACAUGAUUCUGGAGAUUGCAUAGAGACACAAAUGUUCUUCAUUUAAAUGCAUUCACUUUCACUUGUACACACACACAUGCACACGUGCUGACACUAAGCAUUUGUUCUGAUUAGCAACAGCUGCUACUGUAGUUUAUAAUAGGGGAGGCCACUGUGCAUGUGUGUGUGUGUGUGUGUGCAAAGUUCAAAGGUAUUGACAGGAUGUUCUAAACCUCUCAUUCUCUGCGUUUUUCCUGAAGUCACACUGGGCCAAUUCAGAAGCCACUGGCCUCCCAGUCAACAUAAAACACAGCACAGCUCUCACACACUCUCACUUCCCCAUGUUUGUUACCCCAUGAGUGAUUAAAUACCUGAUUCUGUGGGAGAAUAUAUUUCACAUAGCCUCAGGCCUGUGACUCUGAGGGUUGUGGGAAAUGUUUUUGGCUUGUACCACAGUGUGCAUUUGUUUUAGUAUAUUAAAAACCAAUGCAAGUUCCUGGCAACAUGUGACAUCAA